UUUUAAAAUUGCGCUAUUACAUAAUUUACACUCCAUUGCAUUUUCUUGGGCUGCAUUUUCCUGUUUAACGGUUGAUAUAUUAAUUUAAUUUAUUUAUUGAAUUUAUCUUGGAGCACUUUUUUUUACAGUAAUUAAUUUUGGGAUUCCAAGGGUUUUGUUACGCAAUUGCGGGAACAGCGUAUCCAUAAAAAUGUCGUAUACAACGGUGAAGAAUUUCGUCCUGAUCCUCAUGUUCUCCGCCGUCCACUCGCGGCCGGCCCGUUCCCGACGGCAGGUGGGAUUGAUGGGUGGCGCCAUGGGGGCCAUGGGAAUGGGCGGAAUGGGAGGGAUGGGUGGAAUGGGAGGGAUGGGUGGAAUGGGCGGGAUGGGAGCACCCCCGAUGCCCGGUAUCCCCGGCGCCGGAGGGAGCGGGGGCAUGAACAGCGGUAUGGCUGAUAUCGGAAUUAACUUCGACGAUUUCAAGGACGUAAGCAAAGUCAGCGAAUUCCCCGGCAUUAAGGAUGUCAGCAACAUGGCCGGCACGGGCGGUAGCAGCUUCGACAGUGUCGGUGCCGCUAGCGGCUUCGGCCAGACGAGCAUGGCGGAAGUGGGCGCCAACACCAUGUGGAAGGAUUUCCAGGAUAUAAUUAAAUCCGUCGGCGCGGUCCGCACGCCGAGUCUGGAGACGAUCGGGAUCAAGAUGUCGGACUUCCCCAGUCCGUCCGACUUCCAGCAGACCGGACAGUCGUCGGCGGCCGCCCCCAUGAUCAACAAGCAGGUCUCGGCCGGCUUCCACGUAUGAACCGUGCUAAACACAGUAUUACUGCAGUAAACUGCGAGCCGACUGAUCCGGCUCGUUUCAUUAUAAUUUCCGUCUUGCCAAUGUUAACGUUGCACUGUUGUACAGUACAAUUUUUCGUCACACUGCGCUCUCUUGUUUGUUUUACCUUCCGACGUGAUUAACCAAAGAAUUAAUAUGAACCGACAAUAA